AUGACAGAACUUGUUUCUUCACUUUCCUGGGACCAAUUGAGUGGCUCUUUGGACGAAAAUCUCUCUGCAUCCUCCACCAGAGUGAGAAUUAGCACUCUGAAGAGGCUCACUCAAUUACUCCCCAGCGACAUCCCUCAAGAGGAUAUUGCCAUCAUAUUUUCGAAGCUGCUGAACAGCUAUUAUUACUAUCAAGAUUCGAAAUCUAGAAAUGCCGUCGUUGACAGUUUGAGGACCAUUUUAAGCACCAACCCCGAUUAUUAUCUGCCCAUUUUUACGCAGUUCGUAUUCAACAUUGUGCGAAAUGAGAAAAUAUCCAUAGCUUUGACUGAUCUUCUGACGCUAUUGGACUGGUCAAAUACGCUUUUGGUGUUUAUAAGCCAGUUUCCCGAUGUUUUUGCCCAGUAUCAUGUCGUAAUUCUUCGCUGUAUUGCCAAUACCUUUGAGAUGAUCUCAAGAGAUACUGAGGAAUCUUCAAUAUUACCACUGAACAAAUCUUCACGUCACAAGAGGAGGAUAUUGGAUUCUUCUGUUACUCAGUUGAAGACUUCUUUUGCACAGUCAUUUUCAGCAAGUCCUGUUGACUCGUACCGGUAUUUGGACUCUCUCAUUUCCGUUCUAAUAUCUGACAAGACAUUUUCCCCCACCAGCGUUUUGCUAUGUAUUGGGCUGAUCACAGAAUCUGCUACUCAAUUACUACCCACUCAUCCUGCUGUGUAUGAGAAUUUGAAAAAUAACAAGCCAGAAAUUAUCACGUACCUUACAAGUCAGGUGUUUGCAUCAAAGACUCCAAUUUCACCCUCCACAUUAUUAUUUUUCAAGUCAUUUUUUCAUGAGUUUGUUGGCGUGGAAGAUCUUACAAAUGACAUUCUCCCCUCUUUUGAAAAGGCCAUCCUUAAAUCUUCAGAGAACACGUUGGGCCAUAUUGCUCCUCUGUUGUUUUCCAACGUUCAAGAUUCCGUCAACCUGAUAGCUUAUCUCUCUAAGAACAAGUUGCUAUCCCAACUAAUCACCAACUUAAAAUCAUCCAAAGAAAUUGUUCGUACCGGAUCUCUAUCCACUUUUAAAGUGGUCUUAUCUAAACACUCUGGAUCUGCGGAAUCUUCCCCAGAUCUGCUCGUUGUAGUUAACGAAUUAUUCAAGGGGCUAAAGUCAGUAUCCUCUGCCGAUCUUAAGGAGACGUUCGCUUCCCUAAUUUAUUCUGUACCCGACGAUUCAGAGGUUGUCACCACUGCUAUAUUAGAAAACUUGUCGACAGUUAUUUUCAAAGACCAGAAUGAGGUUUCGUUAACGGCUCUUCUGUUGGCCUUUUUCAAGCAUCUUUUUGCUGCCUUGAACCGUGGAUUAAAUGUCAAAAAGUACGCCGACGUUGAGAAAGGAUUCUCCGAAAAGAAACUUAACUUGCGACGAUGUUGGUUUACUGCUUUGGGUUGGACCAUGAUCAACAUCAACAAAAACACCGUUUCGUCUCAGUUGGUUGCGUUUAUUGAAGAAAAUCUACCAUUAUUAGUGAACACGACAAAGGAGACGAUCGAUACGGCGCUAGCCAGCAUUGCAGCUAAAGCAAUCGAAUCUGCAUAUGUUGUAAUUGCAUUGCCAUCGAUUGUGAAAGACUGGAAAAAUUCUGAAUCGUUGAUAAAGUCUCUGGAGAACUUUGGAUUGGCUAAAUUGGCCCUCACUGAGGCAUCAGAGAAAAAGCCUUCUGUGUUGCUGAGUUCAAGAAUCUACUCCAAAUUUACCACCACUUCUGAAAACUAUUGGUUUUUGAAAGCUCUAGUUUCCGUACUAUCCUUUAUUGAUGAAGAAACGAGCAGACCAUAUGGUCAUGCCUGGUUAUAUUUGACAUGUUCUGCAUUGGUGCCUAACGAAAUUCACAUUCAAGCUGUUGAAAUAAUCAAUACCAUUUACAAAUCUAGUCCCAAAUUAUUCGCCAAGGUUGUUAUUCAAGCUAUUGAUGAUGUUCUCGAGUCAGAUCUCAAAGAUGACGAUCCACUGAAAUUGAACAUUUCCAAAGCAUCAGCUCUUGUCAAUUCUAUAAUACUUCCAGUUGAUACUCUUUCCCAUGAAGACCUACAAAUCAACUGUUAUAAUACUUUGAUUCUUUCUUAUCAUGAGAGGAUCAAAAUUAAGAAUGGUUGGGUUGGGCUAACACAGCGAGCUUCUCUAGAUCCUGGAUUGAUUGUUGACAAACAUGCAGAAAUUAUUGUGGAAAGACUGCUAAACUCUUUAUUGUCUAACAUCAAUAGAGGUGACAAUGCUAGCGCCAAAAUGAUGGUUGUAGCCAUAUCCAGGUCAAUUUCCACAAUUUCGUUUAUAUCUCCUUCCAAGGCAACCCCACUUCUUGUGCAGUUCAUCCAAGAAAGCGUGAACCCUCUACUAUUGGAAAAUCUUGAUUCCCAAAGGUUAGAGAUCUGGAAUUCACCUGAAGGCGAACUAGUUGUUGAUGUCUUGUCCCAGUCCAAGUCAAAGAUUGAAGAUCGAAAUACUAAAGACUACGAGACCCGAAAAUGGGAAGAAAGUGUCAAAGCUGAACUUGCCAAGAAGAAGACAGCAUCCAAAAAACUGUCAAAAGAAGAGCAAGCAAUUGUUUCAGAGCAACUACGCGUCGAGUCGCAGAUUCGUAAGGAGGUUCAAGCCCUUUACACUAAGAUAUCAUCGGGUUUGACAGUAAUUAGUAACUUGAGUGCAAUCGCAACUACUGUUGAUAAUGGAAAAGAUCUUUGGCUCCCUGUUGCAGUUCAAAGUAUUUUAAGCAUACUAAAAACUGAAGAGGUGUACAUUCUUUUGGGAAGCCAACCUGUCGACACGUUCUUGGAACUUUCCAGUGUUGUAUCCGAUAGAUUGGGAGCAACUAAAACGGCUGCAGCCCUUGCUUUAUUGAGAAGUUAUAAGAUCAAACUUGAAGACGAUUACUUAAAGGAAGACUUGGCUCAACUAGUUUCAAGAGUGUUAUUUAAGAUCAAGUUUGUCUCUAUCCAAUCUCCUCUGGAUAUUUCGUCACUGAUGUUUAUUAUUCCUCUGUUAGCCAAAGUGCUGGAGAACGGGAGUACUGUUGCUAUCAAAAACUCUCAAAAAGUUAUUUCUCAAGCGAACUUUGAAUUUGUUGAAGAAGAUACUGAAGAAGAACAGCUAUUAUUGGCUAUUGAGCUAAUAUCCAUCCAUAGUGAGCUUUUUGAAGAUGAAUUGAUCCCUAGAAGCUCAAUAUUGGAAGUUUUGUUGUCCCUCCUUUCUGUCCCAUCUAAACGCAAGACUGCCAGGAGCUGUCUCUUGUCUCUAGUACAACACAUUGCACUCAACAUAUCCGAUUCAGACCUGAAAAUCCUGUUGAAGGGUUGUUUAUCUCCUCUGUCAUUUGUCCGUGGAACGAUUUUGGAAUGUUUCGAUUCAGAGUUUGAUUUGAGUCCUCAAAAGUAUCUACCAGAGAUUUGGAUCUGUACGUUUGACAAUGAUCCCAAUAAUGUGGAAUUGGCAUCGACCAUUUGGGAUGAAAAUGACUUUGAAUUGACUGAAGAUUCACCGCUGUCUUUGCUCCCAUAUCUUGGCAACGAGGAUGCAGGAAUAAGACUCUCUGUAGCCAAAUCUAUCGCUGCUGCUACUAGUAACUUUUGCGAUUCUAAUCCUCAUGUUGUGAAUACUGUCGUUGAAAAACUUAUUGAGCUAUACGAAAUAAAAUUGCAACCUCCCGCUCCCAAAUUGGAUGAAUAUGGUCUCCCAAUAAGGACCUCUAAGGUUCAAAAAGAUACAUGGGAGGAAAGAAGUGGUGUCGCUUUAUCCUUAACUCAACUGACACCCGUCAUUACUGAUUCUAAAUUAAUAUCACAUCUAUUUGAGUUUUUAACAAAGGGAGGCGCUUUAGCCGAUAAGGAGCCCGUAGUCGGUGAAGAGUUAUUAGAUGCCGGUGUGCAAAUUAUUCAAAUGCAUGGAUUCGAAAAUAUCGAAACGUUGGCCCCCAUCUUUGAAGAGGUAUUAGCUGAAAAAGUGGACAAAACAAGUAAAGCUCAAGGAAAAACCAAGGAAAGUACCACCAUUCUUUAUGGUGCCCUUGCUCGUCACUUGACGGCUGCUGACCCUAGAUUGGACCAAAUUGUUCAACGACUACUGGACACAUUAGACACCCCAGUGCAGCAGGUUCAAAGGGCUGUAUCUCAAUGUUUGGCUCCGUUAGUUCCUUUAUUUGAUACAAAAUUAAGUGGUUACAUUGAUGCAUUAUUGACCAAACUUUUUGAUGCUCCCAACCUGGCAGAAAGAAAAGGUGCUGCUUAUGGAAUUGCUGGUCUAGUUAAGGGUAAAGGAGUUUGUGCUUUAGCAGACUAUGAUAUAUUACGAACCUUAGUUGAUGCAGCUGAGGAUAAGAAGGACUGGAAACGCCGACAGGGAGUCUCUUUGGCCUUUGAAUGUCUCUCCCAAGCAUUGGGAAAAUUCUUUGAACCCUAUGUUAUUGAAGUUCUACCAAUCAUCCUUAAAAACCUGGGAGACUCUCAAACAGAAGUUAGAGAGGCCACGGAUGCAGCCACUAAAGUUAUCAUGAAAAAUACUACUAGUUUUGGUGUGAAGAAGCUGAUUCCCUUAGCUAUCGAAAACUUGGAUGAAAUUGCUUGGAGAUCCAAGAAAGGCUCCGUUGAAUUACUUGGUGCUAUGGCCUAUUUAGACCCAGCCCAAUUGUCUGCGUCCUUAUCGAUCAUUGUACCUGAGAUUGUUGGUGUUCUAAAUGACUCACAUAAAGAAGUCCGCAAGGCUGCUGAUCAAGCCUUAAGAAGGUUCGGUGAGGUUAUUCGUAAUCCCGAGAUUCAAAAAUUGGUUCCAACCUUGUUGAAGGCAAUUGGAGAUCCAACUAAGUACACUGAGGAAGCAUUGGAUUCGUUGAUCAAAACUCAGUUUGUUCACUACAUUGAUGGCCCUUCUUUAGCACUAAUUAUCCAUAUUAUCUCUAGAGGUAUGAAGGGAAGAUCCGGUGCUACCAAGAGAAAGGCUUGUCAAAUCGUUGGUAACAUGUCUAUUUUGGUCGAUUCUUCCGACUUGCUCCCUUAUUUGCAAACUCUGAUUUCCGAAUUAGAAUCGGCUAUGGUGGACCCUGUGCCUACAACAAGAGCUACAGCUGCUCGUGCUCUAGGCUCCUUGGUAGAGAAGUUAGGGGAAGAAUGUUUCCCAGAUUUGAUUCCUCGUCUAAUGAAUACCCUACAAGAUCCAACCAAAGCAGGGGAUCGUUUAGGUUCUGCUCAAGCUUUGGCCGAGGUCAUCAACGGUCUCGGUAUUGGAAAAUUGGACGAAAUUCUUCCCGAGAUUUUGCAGAAAUCAAUGGACAGCAGGGAACACAUUCGUGCUGGCUUUAUUCCAUUGCUUCUCUUCUUGCCCGUUUGUUUUGGCAACCAGUUUGCCCCUUAUUUAGGUAGUGUGAUUCCAGCAAUUCUGAAUGGAUUGGCUGACGAUAAUGAGGAGAUUCAGGAAACGUCGUUGAGGGCGGGUCGUCUGAUUAUCAAGAAUUAUUCCAACAAGGCAGUCGAUCUGUUGUUGCCCGAAUUGGAACGUGGGAUGUCAGACAUCAGUUACCGCAUCCGUCUCUCCUCGGUUCAACUUACUGGCGAUCUACUGUUCCAAGUUACGGGUAUUUCAGGAAAGACUGAGAUCAAUGAUGACCAGGUAGAGUUAACCAAACAGGUUAACCGUAACUUGGUAGCCAACUUGGGUCAAGAACGUCGUGAUAGAGUGCUGGCUGCAUUGUUUAUAUGCCGAUCCGAUACAUCAGCUGCUGUCCGUAACGCAUCCGUUGACAUUUGGAAGUCAUUAGUGAGCCACACUCCACGGACAAUUAAGGAAAUUCUGCCAGUAUUGACUGGUAUCAUUGUUAAACACAUUGCCAGCUCUGAGGAAGUUCAAAGAAAGAUUGCAGCACAAACCCUGGGAGAGACUGUUAAGAGAGUUGGAGGAAAUGCUCUUGCUCAGCUUCUGCCCACAUUGGAAGACUCUUUGGUAUCUGGGGAUACUGGCAUGAAACAGGGAAUUUGUAUCGCUCUCUAUGAGCUGAUCGAAUCAAGUUCUAAGGAUACUAUUGAGGAGUUCAAAGAUGUUUUCGUUCGUAUUAUCAGGUCGGCAUUGAUGGAUGCAAAUCCACUAGUGCGUCAAGCUGCUGCUCAAGCAUUUGAUGUUCUACAGGAAUCCAUCGGAAAACGUGCAGUGGACGAGGUGGUGCCCCACUUAUUGAGAAUGUUAGAGUCUGAUGAUGACUCGGAAGACGCGUUGGUUGCUUUGAAAGAGAUCAUGUCCACUAAAUCGGAGGUCGUAUUCCCCAUUUUACUUCCAACUCUAUUGAGUGAACCCAUGGACACUUUCAAAGCAAAUGCCCUGGGAUCCUUAGCUGAGGUCGCUGGUGCUACUCUUUACAACAGACUCUCCGUCAUUUUAAAUGCGUUAAUAAAUGGUCUUAUGGACGACUCCAUCGAUCCUGAAACCAAAAAGAGUAUUGAAACUGCUUUCGACCGUGUGCUGGCUUCCGUCAAUUCUGAAAGUGGUUUACAUCCAUUGAUGCAACACUUGCUGUCAUUAGUCAAAAAUGGGGAUAAACUCAAACGUGUUUUGGUAUUUGGAAGACUACCUGCAUUCUUCAAAUCCACCACGCUAGAUUACUCUGUUUAUACUGAGGAUAUUGUCGUUUACGGAAUUCAUAUGCUAGACAAUGAGGACGACGAAUUGGUAAAGGAUGCUUGGACCACUUUGCACGAAAUUGUCAAGCAUCAAAGCAAGGAAUCUCUGCAAAACUUGGUGAAACCUGCACAGCGUGCUUUAUCAACAACUGGAGUUAAAGGCCAAUUGUUGAAGGCAUUCGCAUUGCCUAAGGGACCAAGUUGUAUACUUCCAAUUUUUUCGCAAGGUUUAAUGUAUGGAUCGCCAGAACAGAGAGAGUUAUCUGCUUUGGCUAUUGGAGAUAUAUCUGAAAAGACUCCAGCAAAGGAACUUAAAUCAUUUGUCACAGUAAUGGUGGGACCUUUAAUUCGUGUUGUUGGAGAAAGGUUUUCUAGUGACGUCAAGGCCGCAAUUUUGUAUGCUUUGAAUGUCCUAUUAGCCAAGAUUCCUCAGUUCUUAAAACCGUUUAUUCCCCAAUUGCAAAGAACCUUCGUCAAGUCUUUGUCUGACGUUUCAAAUGAAACGUUGCGUACUAGAGCGGCGCUGGCUUUAGGAACUUUAAUAGAGUUUCAACCAAGGAUUGACCCCUUAGUUUCUGAGUUAGUCACUAACGCAAAGAGUGCCAAAGACGAUGGAGUUGUUACUGCUAUGCUGAAAGCUUUGUUGGAAGUUGUGAGCAAAGCAGGGAAUAAGAUCAGUACCGCUUCUAAGGAUUUGGUUAUGAAAUUGGUGGAAGAAGAGUUGUCUGCUGCUAACAACAAGCUGGCUGUUACAUAUGCAUGUCUCGUGGGGUCGCUUUCGAAGAUUUUAUCUAAUGAAGAGGCAUCUAGCAUUAUCCAGUCGAAGAUUUUGAGUAAUGUUCAGGCUUGGAACUCAGGAAAUGUUGAGAUUACUCACGAUGAAGAAUCUUUAAAGUUUGCAGUCUUGACUUUGAAUGCCUUCCUCAAAGACUCACCUUGGACUAUUUUUGAAACGGGUUAUAUCCAGAAGGUGGUUCCAGUGGCAAUCUUGCUUUCAAAUCAUCCGUCGCCCUAUAUCAGUGACAAUGGUACUAUGGCUUUGGGAAAAUUGCUUUUACUUUUGGAUGAGACCCGUGAGGGAUACAGUACGUUUGAGAUUCCACCAGCUGAACUCAGAGAAAUAGUUGCACAGCUAUGCACACUAUCAACUAAUCCACCUUCACAUUCCCCUGACACAAGGAGGUUGGCUUUAGUGGUGAUUCGAACAGCAUCACGUCACAAGCAUGAACAAGUUAUCGUUCCGAACUUGGACUUACUAAUACCAUCAAUUUUCAAGUGUGUGAGAGAUCCAAUCAUUCCCAUCAAGUUAGCUGCGGAGAAGGCAUUUUUGGAAGUACUCCGUCUAGUUCAGGAUCCUGAGAUGACACUGAUGCAUAGUUGGGCUGAAAAAGCCAAAGAGGAAAGUGAUGUAUCCGCAGUUUCACCACAGCAGAUCAGAUCUGUUACUGAAUACACUAGAAGGGUUGGCUCUCGUCUUGCUUCGGUGGAAAGAGACCGUUUAGAGGCUGGAGGGGAUGCUGAAACAAUGUUCAGUGAUCGAUUCGAAGAUGAGUCAGAGAUUUGGGCUGUGGGAGGUGUGAGUCUACAAAAUGAUUCUGUUCUAUAG